AGAAGGCAAAAGAAGGCUCCGCGUGACCCUGUGGCGGAGGAGCAGCCACCCCCCUCGCCUCCGUCAGCUGUAGUCUGGUGCGGGCGUGAGGGAGGAAGGUGUCGCUGGCUCGCCGUCCUUACGUAAGGGUCAUUAUACAACUGGGGAUCAACUCUCCCAAUACACGUCUUCACAGAGAGUUUCAGAAUGGAGGAGAGCACAGAGAGAUUAGUAGACGCUGCGUCGGCUGCGGCUGAGGAAAUGGCAGAAGAGCCGUUGGUGGGAAUGCUGGACUUGGUGUUACUCUCCCUUCUUGCGGGUGUGUCAGUAUACUAUUUCUUCCUCCGUGACACUAACAAAAAAGAUGAAGUCCCGGCAUUGAAGAGCUUUACGAUAUCACCAACCUCAUUACCGAUGCGCACAAAUGACAGCAACUUCGUGGGUAAGAUGAAGUCAUCGGGAAGGAACGUCAUUGUCUUUUACGGAUCGCAGACAGGAACAGCAGAAGAAUUUGCAGGACGUCUUGCUAAAGAAGCCACAAGAUGGGGAAUGAAAGGUAUGGUGGCAGACCCCGAGGAGUGUGAUAUGUCCGAGCUCGCCCAGCUGACAGAGAUUGAAAAUCAUCUGGCAGUUUUCUGUGUUGCAACGUACGGCGAAGGAGACCCUACGGACAAUGCACAAGAAUUUUACGAGUUCCUUCAGAAUGGUGAUGACCAGCUUGAUGGGUUGCAGUACACAGUAUUUGGCUUGGGUAACAAAACUUACGAACAUUACAACGCCAUGGGUAAAUAUGUAGACAAGCGACUGGAAGAAUUGGGGGCGACCCGUGUCUUUGAGCUUGGCAUGGGUGACGACGAUGCGAAUAUGGAGGAUGAUUUCAUUACGUGGAAGGAUGCUAUGUGGCCUAAGGUAUGCAAAUCCUUUGGUUUUGAGGCACAGGCACAGGAUAUCAACAUGAGACAAUACAAACUAAAGAUUCACAAAGACUAUGAACCUACUCAGCUGUACACAGGAGAGUUAGCUCGACUCAACUCACUGAAGAUUGGUAGCCAGAAGCCGCCUUUCGACUCCAAAAAUCCUUUCAUGGCAGAAAUCGUUGUUAACAGGGAACUUUUUAAUGGUGGAGAACGAAACUGCAUGCAUAUUGAACUGGAUGUUGAAGGUUCAAGAAUAAGGUAUGUGGUCUAUCUGUACAUUGCGUAUAUGGCAGCAGUUUCUCUCAAAGAUAACAAGGUAUCAGAAGAAACUAAACUCAAUCAUGAAUCUUGUAUACAAAAUUCUUCUAUGAAAUUUUUUGCAUCGUUUCAAAAGGGAGCUAAUAAAGUUUUGUAUCGUUUCAGGGAUGCCAAGAAGAUGGCCAGAGACGUCCAUACUGUGAUUAUCCAGAUUUGCCAGACUGAGGGUGGGAUGACACCAGGAGAGGCUGAGCUCUACGUGAAGAAAAUGAUCAACCAGAAACGUUAUUCAUCAGAUGUAUGGAGUUAAAGAUCGUCUCAGAUUGUCC